AUGGCACCAUCAAGAGCAGUCCUCCGCAGCGCAUCCACCGCUUUCGCCGCACUUAAAACCUCGUCCCGCACAUUGGCCCCAGCAGCUCCCGCAGUGCGACAAUUGCAUCACAUCUCGUCUUCGUCUCGCACACUCUUAACACGCAACACACUCUGCGCAACCCUCACAAGCACACCUAAACGCCGCUUCAACUCUUCAGAUGCAUCAGCCGAGGCUCCCUCCGCAGUCGAAGCCCCCGACUACCUAGACGAAAAAGAACUCCACAUCUUCCAAAAGCUGGCCGCAGAAUUGUCGCCCACAAAGCUAGAGCAGGUUCAAGAUGUUAGUGGUGGUUGUGGAAGCAUGUACGCAUUGGACAUUGUGUCUGCAAAAUUCAAGGGCAUGUCAGUGAUCAAGCAACACCGUUUGGUCAAUGCUGUGCUCAAGGACGAGAUUAAGGGUUGGCAUGGCGUGCAGCUAAAGACAAAAGCCCCUUGA